CCCUUUGGUGAAAAGUUUCAUUUUUGUGGUAAAGGAGAAAGCUUUUUGGUGUUUGGUGGUGAUGGAGCAGAAGCAUGUUCUGUUGUCAGCAUUGAGUGUUGGUGUUGGGUUGGGAGUGGGUCUUGGGUUGAGUACAGGACAAGCUGUUCAGAAAUGGGUUGGUGGAAGCAAGCUUGAUUCUGAUGAGAUUUCUGGGGACCUCAUUGUUCUUGAGCUCAAGAAGCUUCUGCUUGAUGGCAGAGACAGCAGAAUCACAUUUGAUGACUUCCCUUAUUACUUAAGCGAAAAAACUCGAGUGUUGUUGACAAGUGCUGCACAUGUUCAUUUGAAGCAUCUUGAUUUUUCCAAGCACACCAGGAACCUUUCUCCAGCAAGCAGAGCUAUUUUGCUAUCUGGUCCUGGAGAGCUAUACCAGCAAAUGCUUGCCAGGGCUUUGGCACAUAGCUUUGAAUCGAAGUUGCUGUUGCUAGAUAUUAAUGACUUCUCAGUGAAGAUGCAGAGCAAAUAUGGAUGUCCAAGAAAAGAACCUAAGUCCAUAUCAGAGAUGACUUUCGAGCGAAUGUCCGGUUUAUUUGGUUCCCUUUCAAUCCUCCCUUCAACUGCUGAAACUACAGGUACUUUACAUCAACAAAGUGUCGAUGCUGAAAGUUCGAAAAAUGUUUCAAAACUUCGGAGGAAUGGCUCUGCUGCAUCUGAUAUAAGUAGUGCUGCUUCUCAUUGUGGUGUAGCAAGUCCAGCUCCUUUAAAGCGCACAAGUAGCUUGUGUUUCAAUGAAAAGCUAUUUGUUCAGUCACUUUACAAGGUCUUGGUUUCUGUCUCAGAAACUGGUCCCAUCAUUUUAUACAUUAGGGAUGUUGAGAGGCUUGUUCUACAAUCACCAAGGUUAUACAACUUGUUACAUAAAAUGAUAAAGAAGCUUUCAGGAUCUGUGAUAGUACUUGCUUCACAUUUAAUAGAUACAGAAGAUGAAUGCAAAGAAAUUGAUGAAAGACUCACUAUGGUGUUCCCAUACAACAUUGACAUAAAUCCUCCUGAAGAUGCAACUCAUCUUUGCAACUGGAAAUCUCAACUGGAAGAGGACAUGAGAAUGAUUCAAUUCCAAGAUAACAAAAACCACAUCACAGAAGUACUCGCAGCGAAUGACAUCGAUUGUUAUGACCUGUCAUCAAUAUGCCAUGCAGACACUAUGGUACUCAGUACUUACAUUGAAGAAAUUGUGGUAUCUGCAAUAUCUUACCAUUUGAUGAAUACCAAGGAUCCUGAAUACCGAAAUGGAAAGCUAGUUAUAUCAGCCAACAGUUUGUCCCAUGGAUUGAGCCUGUUCCAAGAAGGCAAGAGUAGUGGGAAUUUGAAGACUAAUGAUUCAAACAAGGAAAAUGCUGAUGGCAUUGCCGGAGCAAAUGUUCGGUGUGAUGGCCAGGCACCUGAAAACAAAAAUGAAACAUCUAUCCCUGUAACAAAGAAAGAUGGCGAAAAUACUGCUCCUGCAAAAGCAGAAGUCCCUGACAACGAGUUUGAAAAGCGCAUUCGACCAGAAGUUAUUCCUGCAAAUGAGAUAGGAGUUACUUUUGCAGAUAUUGGUUCAUUGGAUGAGAUCAAAGAAUCACUUCAAGAACUGGUCAUGCUUCCUCUUAGAAGACCAGACCUCUUCAAAGGUGGACUUCUGAAGCCAUGUAGAGGCAUAUUGCUUUUUGGACCUCCUGGGACUGGAAAGACAAUGCUGGCAAAGGCAAUUGCGAAUGAAGCCGGAGCUAGUUUCAUCAAUGUAUCAAUGUCCACCAUCACUUCAAAGUGGUUUGGAGAAGAUGAAAAGAAUGUUAGAGCUUUGUUCACACUGGCUGCAAAGGUUGCCCCUACUAUCAUCUUUGUUGAUGAAGUUGACAGCAUGCUUGGACAGCGCACUCGAGUUGGAGAGCAUGAAGCCAUGAGGAAGAUCAAGAAUGAGUUCAUGACACAUUGGGAUGGACUAUUAACUAGACCUGGUGAACAAAUUCUGGUUCUUGCUGCAACUAACAGGCCAUUUGAUCUUGAUGAAGCUAUUAUAAGACGAUUCGAGCGCAGGAUUAUGGUUGGUCUUCCAUCUGUUGAGAACAGAGAAAUGAUCCUGAAAACUCUCCUAGCUAAGGAAAAACACGAAAACUUAGACUUCAAAGAGCUUGCAGCCAUGACAGAAGGAUAUACUGGAAGUGAUCUUAAGAAUUUGUGCAUCACCGCGGCUUAUCGACCUGUUAGGGAGUUGUUACAGCAGGAGAGAAAGAAGGAUAUGGAAAAGAAGAAAAAAGAGACAGAAGGCCAAAGCUCUGAAGAUACAUCAGAGAAUAAAGAAGAUCAUCAAAUUACUCUGAGGUCUUUAAACAUGGAAGACAUGAGACAGGCAAAGAGUCAGGUGGCUGCUAGUUUUGCAUCCGAAGGAACGGUUAUGAAUGAGCUGAAACAAUGGAAUGAAUUAUAUGGAGAAGGAGGUUCAAGGAAGAAGCAGCAACUCACUUACUUCCUUUAAAGUGUGUGCAAAAGCUGGUUUAUUUUGUGGACUUUGUAACAUGAUCUUAAGGGAUAUAUACCUUAACAAGGGAGAGGAGUGCUUCAGAGAAUUCAAAGUGUGCCCGAGUUUCCCACAGUUCAUAGAUCAUAAGCUAAGAUCACAUUAGCUUUAAGGGCAGAUUAUGUAUCCUCCAAUUCCAAAGGAUAUGUAGAAAUCAUGAUGUAUCAAGGUUUUAGGGAAGGGGUUCUAAAUUUAUUGUUUGGAUUGUUUACAAAACAAAUCUAGGACUAGUUGAAUUAGGGGAUUCUACUGUCAUGAGUGGUUUGGAAGAUGCAAAUGGAUUUUUGGGAAGUAGGAUUAAUCUACAUCAGACCCUCUUUUAGGUAUGCAUUGCAUUGUAUGAUAUCAUAUAUGGACAGAAUUUUCAGACAGUAGAAUAUAUACUGCAUUGCUUAGAAAUUUGUUGAAUGGAUGAUUUAUGUCAGUUUUUCUUGGAUUCAUAAAA